CAUAACAUAUUACAUGAGACACUGAAAAAAAAAACGUAGAGUGGCGAUGGCGACUCAAGCAGUGAUCAAGGUAGCAGCGCUCUGCGGUUCCCUCCGUGAAGCUUCCUAUCACCGUGGUCUCCUCCAUGCCGCGAUGGAGAUAUGCAAUGAUUCUAUUAACGGAAUGGAGAUUGAGUGCGUCGACAUAUCGUCGUUGCCGUUUACGAAUGAGGACCUUGAGGUGAACGGAACUUAUCCCGACGCUGUAGAGGUUUUUCGUAAGAAAAUUGAAAAAGCUGAUUGUUUCCUCUUUGCUUCUCCCGAGUACAAUUACUCCGUCACAGGACCGUUGAAAAAUGCAAUUGAUUGGGCAUCUAGACCUCCUAACGUCUGGGCUGAUAAAGCAGCAGCAAUUGUGAGUGCCGGAGCUAACUUUGGUGGAGGACGAUCACACUAUCACCUUCGACAGAUUGGAAUCUACAUUGAUCUUCAUUUCAUUAACAAGCCUGAACUUUUCGUGUUUGCAUUCGAGUCACCACCCAAGUUUGACAGCAACGGUGUCCUGAUAGAUGAAGAAAUCAAACAGAGACUCAGAGCAGUUCUUUUGGCUUUACAGGCAUUUGCUUUGAGACUCAAAGGCAAGUCUCAAUAGCUUCUACCGCUGAAUAUUGUCUCCCGUCAACAAUUUCCGAUUCAUAUAGUCAAUCCCAAUUUAUUUGGAACUGAGACAUAGUUAUCAUUACUAUUGUCGUUGUUGUUCAACAUUUCCAGUUCAUGGAGAUUGAUGAAUCAUGUCUGGAUAAGUAAAAUCUGUCUAGAGUAUUACCUAUUUUAAGUUAUUAUCUGGCUUAA